CAGCAGCAGCAACAUAAACAGCAACAGCAGCAACAUAAACAGCAACAGCAGCAGCAGCAACAGCAGCAGCAGCAGCAGCAGCAACAGAGAAAUUUGUAUCAGCACUUGGGCAGCUUGGGCCAUUUGUCGUUGGCCAAACCCAGAAACAGCAUGGCUACGCCCAGGACACAUGCGAUAUUCGAAGAGAUGGAUUUUCCCGAUGCCUUCUCAAAUAACACAGCACAGCAUCAGCCGCCGCCAGAGAAAAGACAGAGGACGAAUAGUAUGAGCGAAAGGUUUUUUGAAAUCCCAGCUGGAUCAACAUCGUCGUCACCAGCGGAAUCCACAGGCCAGCGCACUCCGCGCAAAACAAGUACUGCUACCAAUAAAGCGCCGGGAGCAGCAACAGCUGCUGCAGGUGGGAAAUCAGCGGAGAUUAAGCGCAAGGUACCUGCUGCUGCUGUCAGUAAUGGUAGUGGUAGCCAGAUGAUGUCGUCGAAUGGCAGUAUGGUUGGCCGACUGACUUCGAAUUCAAAGUCACUGGAGAGAAUGGGACAAGAGUCAGAGUAUGCCGGACUGAGCAUUGAGAACCUCAUGCGCAUGUUCACUCCCUCCCAGCAAGGACAGCAGCAACAGCAUAAUCAACAACAGGGACAAGGUGACAUUUCCAUGGAUUAUUUGCCGCUGAGCAGCAGCAAUGUCACCAAGCUUGCAGAUUUCAUGCCACCGGUCAGUGGUAUCCCUACACACACCGAUGUGGCAGGCUCUAUGGCAGUCGAUGACAGCGCGGCUGCACACUCGCAGGCAAUUGGUUUCCCCGUCCAUGGGUCCGAGAGUACCGACCAACUGGCGCACUUGCUUUCUGCCGAUGAUUUCAAUAAUCUCACGAUGCUGUCCAACUCCGGAGUGGCUGCGGCAGGGGAGGCAGCAGUGCCUCUGGUAGGGUCGGGCGCCAACCUGGCAGCCAAUAUGUUUGAUGGCGCCGGGCUUGCCUCGCUGUUCGAGUACAUGGCAAACCAACCGGCUGCUGCUGCUGCGGCUGCUGCAACAAACAUGCAUGUCGGAAGUGGAGGCACCGGCGGCGGCGACGCGUAUGAGAGCUCCUUUAUGGGCAAUGGUAGUGGUAGUGGUAGCGGCCAGGCGUACGGCACACAGUGGCUCGUGGAUGCACUCAAGUCGCUUACGCCGGAGCAACAGCAAAGCAUGUAUAACUAUUACAGGAACGCAGGACACGUGAGUCACAUUCCAUUGCUGACUGCGGAGUCGCAGGAUUCUAUGGAUAUUGGUAGUGGCGCUGAUGGGUCGUCGUUUUUAGAGUUUGUCGAUCCCAAUGCCGAGAACAUAGAGGGUGGUGGUGGUGGUAGUAGCAGCAGCAGUGUUGACGCAGUAGGCGGUUUGGGAAUUGCUGAUAUUUCUUCUUCUGUUUCUACGUCUGGCAUGGGGUCGGCUGAGGAUGACUAUGGAAUACUGUUCAAGGAGGCGCUUGGAUCGGAUAUUGUUGGGCUUCCUGAUGUUGAUGCUGCUGAUUCUGCUUCUACUGAUGCUGUUAGUUCGGUGGUCGAUGUGUCGGGGAUUCAUCCGGAUCUUGCGGCCACUCUGUUCCACACGUCACCGGUGGCGGCGCCGACCUCAGAUGUCCUGGAGAUGCUGAAUAGCCCUGGUUUGAAUCUUGUUUCCGCCUCUUCAAUGCAGAGCGAGCCCAGUGAUAUGUAAACUUUUUUGGAGAUGGGGGAGGUCAUUUAAAUAUAAUUAAAUAAUUAACUGA